AAUCACUCCCCCGCCUCCAGCUCCUCCAAUUGCGUAAUAAAUAGCCCCGAAGCCCAACCCCUUCCCCCAUUGAAUUUGAUAUUUUGUAAGUGUUAAACAUUGUUUGCCUUUCAUUUCUUUCUCUAUUCCUUGUUGCUUCCUCGGCAGCCUCUCGGUUUCUGAGUAAUCGAAGAUAAAAAAGGAUGGGGCUGUCUUUUGCUAAGCUGUUUAGUCGACUGUUUGCCAAGAAAGAGAUGCGAAUUCUUAUGGUGGGUCUUGAUGCUGCUGGUAAGACUACCAUUUUGUACAAGCUCAAGCUCGGUGAGAUUGUCACUACCAUUCCCACCAUUGGCUUUAACGUGGAGACCGUAGAAUAUAAGAACAUUAGCUUCACUGUUUGGGAUGUUGGUGGUCAGGACAAGAUUCGACCUUUGUGGAGGCACUACUUCCAAAACACUCAGGGGCUAAUCUUUGUUGUUGAUAGCAAUGACCGUGACCGUGUGGUUGAGGCCAGGGAUGAGCUUCAUCGUAUGCUAAAUGAGGACGAGCUGAGGGAUGCUGUGCUUCUUGUGUUUGCAAACAAGCAAGAUCUGCCGAAUGCUAUGAAUGCUGCUGAGAUUACUGAUAAGCUUGGCCUUCACUCCCUUCGUCAGCGACACUGGUAUAUCCAGAGUACUUGUGCCACCUCUGGCGAAGGGCUGUAUGAGGGACUGGACUGGCUUUCCAACAACAUUGCUAACAAGGGUUGAGGGUUGGUUGAAUUCCAGUCAUAUCUUCAGGCAGCUAUCCUAUUAUUUUCUGGUUCCUUUUUUAAGUUUUUACAGGAAAUGUAUCAGAUUGUGUUAUAUAAUUAAUAUAUAUUCACCGUACUACUGAAA